AAGCUAGGACACAUCAGGUUUUAAAAUGACGUCCACAGAGAUUCUGGUUACAGGAGCCAUUGGUGUAUCCAUCUAUCUGAUCAUCUUCUGUACUAAGUGUUAUAAACACAAGUAUGAACGUAAACAGACUGAAGACGAGAGAAAACUGAUACAAAAAAUAACGAAGGACAAACAGUCGCAGACAGAAAAUGUCUCCAAGAAAUCAACCGGUGUUGGCACGGAGUUCGACAAGAAAUUAACUAAUGCUGACACAGGACUGAAAAAGGAAAAGAAAACAAGUGACGUUGGUGUACAAACGGAAGGUGGCAAAGGACCUUCUGACUUGGUUGAUAAAAAAGACAAAUGUUUCCAAACAGAGAAUACAGCGAGAGUUUCGAUCGGAACAGAUGUGUGCUUUGAAAAAAAGAGCACAGAAGAUCAAUGUCUACAGACCGACUUCUCAGAGAAAAUUGAAGCAACUGAUCCGGAAAUAGAAGCAAUUGCUGCCCCGGAAAUUGAAGCAGCUGACUCGGAAGAACACAUAAGCAAGCCUCCCACGACUGAGGAUGAUGACGUCAUAGAUGGAUACCCACCACCAGAACCACCGCAUCUAACCAAGUCUGAAGUCUUUAGUAGUCGAGACUUCUCUGAAGUAAAACAGCAUGCUCUUCAGGUUCCAGAGAUGGAAUGCAAGAGUUACGAAUCUCUAUUACAGUACCUUUGUGGAAAUUUCGAAUCAGACUUUCAGCGAGUGUAUGCAAUUUUUUGUUGGAUUAUAAACAGGAAACUUUCGGUUAAUGAUAAUGUUAGGAGCUUAAGCAGAGACAAUCCAGUACAAUACCUUUAUCUCAUCACACAAGGGGAGGGAACUUCUGCUGGACUGAUGAGCAAAAUGUGCAGACAGAUCAACAUACCCUGCGUUAUAAUCCACGGCUUUGAAAAAAAUGGAACGUAUGAAGUUGGUAAUGUCAUGACAACAGAGAAUCCUAGUAGCUGCUGGAACGCUGUAUAUAUAGAGAAUAACUGGUGGUUUGUUUAUUGUAACGGGGCACCAACAAAUGGUUGCAGUUCCAUGAAAGAGGAAAAUAAUCCGGAGUUCAGCGUAGACGACGGGAAACAAUUAGAGAGUCGGUCCUCUCCUCUUAGAGCACUCUCGCAUGAUUUUUACUUCUUAACGGAGCCAUCGAUUUUUAUUUAUACUUUCUAUCCAUUUGAUGACCGUUGGCAACUUUUAAGUAAGAAGGUCAGCUUAGAAGAGUUUGAGUCCCGUCCGUUUUUGUACCCCGCCUUCCAUUUCUUGAAACUUGAAUUCAUAGAUAGGGAUAUUGGCUGUACGGUUGCGGUUUCUGAAACAUUCAAUCUUAGAAUCAGAUUUCCUCACAUGUCAGUGGGUAAACUAAGUUUCGAUUACAAGAUUUCUCGUCUGAAUUCUCAGGAACACGAGAGUUUGAAUAUGAAGAAGUACUCUCUCCAUUACGUCAUUGACGACGUUGCUUAUUUUGACUUCCGGUUCCCUUCUGCAGCAGUAGGAGAAUAUAAGCUGCAGAUUUUUUGCAGAGUUUUAGGUCAUGUCAAAGCUGAAGUCCCAGUCUGUAAGUUUAAGUUGAUAUGCGAGAAAGGGAUUGAUUCAAUUGCUCCAUUACCGGUGGAUUCUGAGGUUGGAUGGGGAAGCACUUCUGCUAAACUUGACAAACAUGGCGUCAAGGUGGUGUCACAUGCUAAUGGCCUUUAUCCUUGGGUAGAAGAUGAAAUGAAAUUUGAUUUUGCUUAUCCAGAAAAUAGUGAUGCUAAAGCAGAAUUGACGAGAAUUGGUGAAAAUGAAAAAUACUUUGAGAAUUCCGUCAGCACUGAAAAGAAAGACCACAAUGUUCAUGUUUUGGUGCAGCCUCCACUUCAUGAACAAGGGGAGUUUGUUUUGAAGAUUUUCAUUCGGGAUCCAGAUGCCUCUGAAUUUGUUAACGUUUGCAAUUAUCUACUGGAAAGGACAGAGACCCAAAGUCAAAGGAAGGCAAGAGAACGUCUUCUGAAGUUACUGAGGUCUGAAAAUGUUAAACCGACAGAAGUUCAGAAAGCCAAAGAAGAGUUCCAGAAAAGCGGGGGAAAAGACUUCGGGGAGGUGGCGAAAGCUGAACGGAAAAUGCAUCACAUAUCACUCCGAAAAGCUUUAGAAGAACUGCGAACCUACCAAGAACCACCGGAUUCGGUUUUAGUCAUAAUGCACGCUACAUAUAUUAUUCUUGGUCGAGACGAGAAGGAUAUCCUGGCAAGUUAUUCCCUUUAA